GCCAAUAUGUGGAGAGUGGAGAAACCGAAAUCAAAAUAAUACAGACAGACAACUUUGAACCGUAUAGACGAGUGUAAAUUUAUUAAACUACAGGGGCAAAUAAUUUUUUAUUUUCUUACUUAUCACUUAGGCGAAUGAUUACCAAAUAAGAUUGCGAUUACAAAUUAGCAAUCUCAAAUUCUUUCCGUCCGUCCGGUGGAGAAGAAAAAAGUGAGAUUUGGAAUGAACGUGAUCCUCGUGUUAUCCAUCUCUCAAUUCAAAGUUGAUUAUUAGUAUUCAUUGCUCCAAUUCCAAUCCACAGUUUAUAGCCAGUCAGAGGUGAAAUCAAAAUCAAAAUCUACUGCUGUCUGGCGCAAGGCUUCUUCGUAUUUGCUUCCAGGUAUGGAUGAUGAAAGGGGGAGGGGGAGGAGGCUACUUCUAUGAACGCAGAACCAAGCAGCUCUCUCUCUUUUUUAUCGGUGUUGUUUUUACCACCAUUCUUAUUCUUUGGUCUUGGGAUAAAAACCCCCUUCUCACCACCACCUUUUUUCCGUCUCAUGCUCAACUCCUGCAGCUUUUCCCAGGCGAAGAAGCAGAGGUAAAGCAGUUGAAGCACUCUAAAGAUGAUUUAAGAGAAGCUGAAGGAGUUGCAAAAUCAUCUCCAUUAAGUUAUGUAAACACAUCGUCUUUGGACACUAUAAGGGAUGAAGGAGUUGUGGAUUUUGUAUCGCCAUUAAGUUCCAUAAAAGCACCAUCUUUGGAUCUUAGUUCUAAGAAUGCUCUGGAAAAGCUCCAUGAAAAUACCACUGACAUUGUUGGAAUCUCUAUUUCUAGUGGAGCAUCAGAAAAACAAAGCGACCCAAAACCUCCAAAACAGCAGUUAGUUGAACCAAUGGCAUCUAGCAUACCAGUUCCAGCUGAGGAAAAGAAAGGCUGCAGUUUUGGUAAAGGGAAAUGGGUGACCGAUGAGAGUUGGCCUCUGUACUCAGGAUUUGGUUGUAAACAGUGGUUGUCUGGUAUGUGGGCUUGUCGCUUAACUCAACGUACAGAUUUUGGAUAUGAGAAGUUAAAGUGGCAGCCAAAAGAUUGCAAAAUGAAUAAUUUUACCGGGCCUGAAUUUCUUAAAAGAAUGCAGGACAAAACAAUGGCAUUUAUAGGCGAUUCAUUGGGGCGGCAGCAGUUCCAAUCUCUAAUGUGCAUGAUCACAGGUGGUGAAGAGAGGCAUGAUGUGCAAGAUGUUGGUAAGGAAUAUGGCCUAGUGAAAGCUCGUGGCUCUGUUCGACCUGAUGGUUGGGCUUAUCGCUUCCCAAUUACCAACACUACAAUCCUCUAUUAUUGGUCUGCUAGUCUCUGUGAGUUGGACCCAAUUGACCCCAUAAACGGUACCACCUAUUUUGCUAUGCACCUUGAUCGUCCACCAGCCUUUCUGCAACGUUAUAUUAGCAGAUUUAAUGUGGUUGUUCUCAACACGGGGCAUCAUUGGAACAGAGGGAAGCUUAACGCCAACCGAUGGGUGAUGUAUGUGGGUGGGAAGCCUAACACAAAUAGGAAGAUAGCAGAAAUAGCAAAUGCUAAGAACUUAACGAUUUACAGUAUCGUAAAGUGGGUGAAUGGUCAAUUACCAAAGUACCCAGGGCUGAAGGCAUUUUAUAGGUCUAUUUCACCCAGGCACUUCUUCAAUGGAGAUUGGAACAGUGGAGGUACGUGUGAUAGCACAGCCCCUGGAGCACUAGAAGUUUUAAUAGAUGAGUCUAGCGACUCUAUUGCCUCAGGGGCAGUGAAGGGGACAGACGUGAAGCUUUUGGAUAUAACGGCAUUAUCUCAGGUAAGAGACGAAGGUCAUAUAUCAAGAUACAGCAUCCGUUCGACUCCAGGGGUGCAAGAUUGUUUACAUUGGUGCUUACCUGGUAUUCCCGACACUUGGAAUGAACUCCUUUUUUCGCAAAUUUGAACUCAUGACCUGCAAUUCCACAUGGUUUGUAUCUAGAAGGUUGCCCCGUUAUAGCUUCUUAUUUUUGACUACCAGCUGGAGGGAGCUAUAACCAUUGUGGCCGGGAUGUGUAAUAUGUAGUACCUCAUGUACGAAAGUACCAACUGAGUUAUAUGCUGUAACAUGCGUCAUAUAUAAGUCCAGUUUAGUUUUAUUAAA